GUUUCCGUCUCUCCCUCUCCUCGCCCACACGUCCAAAACCGAAGGAGCAAGCCAACAAAACCGGGCCGAGUAACGCAGGUGGACGCGCGCGGGCGUUGUUGGUGCGACGCGUAGUGCAGCUCAUGGAGGCGGCGGCAGCGGCCGAGUACGGGUACUACGGCGGCGGCGGCGCGGGUCCCCGCGAGAGGAAGGGCGCCGCCGGGUGCGGGGACCACUUCGUCGUGGACGACCUCCUCGUGCUCCCGUACGACGACGACGAGGAAGGGGACGGGGAGGCGGCGGCGGCCGGAGACGGCGGGGCGCCGCCGUGCCUGCAGGCCGCCGGGGCGGGCGGCGGCGUCAAGGAGGAGGGCGGCCUCGGGAAUUUCUCGGCCGACUCGUCCACCGUCACGGCCCUCGACAGCUGCAGCAACUCCUUCUCCGGGCUAGCCGACGGCGACUUCCCGGGGGAAUUCUGCGAGCCGUACGAUCAAUUGGCGGAGCUGGAAUGGCUGUCCAAUUACAUGGGCGAGGGCGACGAUGCCUUCGCCACCGAGGACCUCCAGAAGCUGAAGCUCAUUUCCGGCGGGUACUCCCCGGCUGUGAACGUGCCACCGGCUCCUUUGGCCCCUGCGGCCGCGGCUUCAGCCGUCUCCGCGGCGCAGCCUGGUAUGUUCAUCCCGGAGGCGCCGGUCCCUGCCAAGGCCCGUAGCAAGCGCUCCCGCGCUGCCCCGGGCAACUGGUCGUCACGUCUCCUCGUGCUCCCUCCGCCCCCGGCCUCGCCACCGUCGCCAGCGUCCAUGGCCAUCUCGCCGGCGGAGUCCGGCGUCUCGGCCCAGGCGUUCCCCGCCAAGAAACCGUCAAAGCCGUCCAAGAAGAAGGACGCGCCGCCGGCGCCACAGGCGCUGCCCUCGAGCGCGUCCGCGGUGCAGUCGGCCGGCUCGGCGGCGUCGGCGGAAGGGCGGCGGUGCCUGCACUGCGAGACGGACAAGACGCCGCAGUGGAGGACGGGGCCCAUGGGCCCCAAGACGCUGUGCAACGCAUGCGGGGUGCGGUACAAGUCGGGCCGGCUGGUGCCGGAGUACCGGCCCGCGGCGAGCCCGACCUUCGUGAUGUCGAAGCACUCCAACUCCCACCGCAAGGUGCUAGAGCUGCGCCGCCAGAAGGAGGUGCAGCACCAGCCGCCGCACCAGGCGCACGUGAUCGCCGGCGGUGGUCCUGGCGGGCUAAUGCACAUGCAGAGCUCGCUGCUGUUCGACGGGCCCGCGGCGGCGCCCAUCGUCGCCGGCGACGACUUCUUGAUCCACCACCACUUAGGGGCAGACUACCGGCAGCUUAUCUAGAUAUGAGUCUAGCUUGUGCUAGAACUGAUCAGUUAGCGCAGUAAUAAUUAAUGCAGCUAAACCCUGAGAACCCCCCAAAAUAUGGAAGAACUACUAAUCUUCUCUUAGGAGUUCUUUUCCCCAGUUUUUUUUCCCCCUCUUCCGUUUGCUUAUUAGUUCAUGUGCUUCUGUUCAGCUCGUCGAAAUUUUCGUGUCAAAUUCUGUUUAUGGUAUCCUCCUGUUUUUUUCCUGCUUAAUUCCACCCCUAACCUUCUUAUUAGACAUUUUGGGAGUUUCCUUAGCUUUUUUCUUUGUUCCUUAGCAUUAUGUAAUUCUAGCCUUCAGGGCUACUACUAGUUUGUUCUCUUUAGUCCCCAUUCUGCUGCCAGAACAUAAUGAAAAAAGAAAAGUGAAAAUUUUGGCUUA